CGUAACAGACAGCUGAUGUAAAAGCGAGGGGGGGAAACAGAACAAACCUCCCCCCUUAUUCUUCUUUCUCUUUUCUUUCUUCCUUCCUUCCUCACAACCUCGACCAAGACAAAGAAAUACUCCACGCUUCACUUAUAAUGGAAGACUCUGAGAAAUUGACUGCCUUGAAGAAGGCUUAUGCUGAUAUAAUCCUCAAUACGGCGAAGGAGGCUGCAGCGCGUAUUAUGGUUUCUGAGAGGAACGCUAUUCGGUGUCAGCAGGAGCUCUCCACUACUAAAGAUGAGGCGUUCCGGAUUCUGCUUAGGCUUAAGCAAAUGUUGGAUUCUAAGGUCAGUGAGGCAGAGAUUGUUUCUUUAAAUCAAAAGAAAAAGAUCGAAGAGCUUGAAGCUCAGCUUGAGGAAGCUGAGGACAUAGUGAGGGAACUUAGAGUUCAGUUGCAGGAAGUUCAAGAUGAAUUGGAACACGUGAGAAACAAAAAUGUGGAGCCCCAAGAUAAGCAAAACUUGGCCAAUAACAUUGUGUCUCCAGAGGCUUUUCCAAACUCACAUGAGAAGAUCGCACCUUAUGACAUAAGUUCAACAUUAAAUGGGACAUGCCUUGACAGUUGGCCUGAAAGUAAGAAUGACUCGCAGAUGGAUAAAGGCCAAGUUCAUAGGGAUUUUGCCUCUAUGGUGAUGAGGAGCAAAGAACCUGAGCUUUACAGAAAUGGCUGCACUCAGAGAGUACGUGCAUUUGAAAGAAAAUCGUUUGAUGGAAAAGUAUGUGUGACUGGACAAGCUGAAGAUGUCAAGAAUAAGGUGUGUAAUAUGGAUGAAGAAGAGGGUAAACUGAUGCGUAAAACAAACACUACCAAGGUUGAUAAUAUCAGUGGAGAAAGGAAAAAUUCUAAUGAGAUCAAGGCAUUGCCUAAGCUAUUAAGCAGGGAUACUCAAGUACCAAUUCUUAAAUCCCUCCGUCGAAAAAGAAAACGGGCUACUAGAUACAACAAGAAGAAAGUUUUAACUGUUCUUGAUGACACACCUAAUCAAUGCAAGUCGCCUGAUCUUCACUGCUCAGAAAGUCUUUCAGUGGAUAAUGACGAUGCUGGGAAUUUUUUGUCAAAAAAGGAAAUUGAUAGUCAGAAUGGUUUAAUUUUGCUUUCAACCCCCUUACUGUCUGAAAUUAAUGAAAUACCAACACCUUCAGGAUGUCCUGACGCCAGUGAGGGAGAUGGAGCAGUAAUAAAUGAUUGUCCUCUUAGGAACAUGACAGACCAUGAUACAGCAGUUGUAGGUAAAUCUGACUUCGGUAGCCAGGAAAGUUUAUGUGGGGAAAAUUUGGAGGCGUCUACUGAUAAAGUGGACCUUGAUCCAGUUAAGGAGUCAUCAAUCCAAUUGGAUAUGAAAAACUCUGAUGUGAUUGAUGAGAUUCCUAGUCAACAGUCAAAUAAUAAAGUUCUCAAGUAUACAUUCCAAAGAAAGCGAAAGAAGGAAUCUUUGAGCAGCCCUGAUGGUAAAUCAUCAGUUGAUGAAAGCAUAUCAAAGAAAAGGAUGAAGGAUAAACAAAGUGUAUCGUCAGAAUCAGACAAGUUUAGCUUAAUGACAGAAUCAUCACGAGACAACCGUCGGUUGGCUCAGGUUGCUCGGCAGCUCAUAUCUUUGUCUGAGAAGAAGUGGCGGUAGUAGAACUCUGGGUGUCCAGAAAUUCAUAUUUAUUGCUUGAGAAAUAAAACCAGCUGCAACAAAAAGAAAAAAGAAAACGCUGAAAUGGGCUGCUUAGCAAGAAAAUAUUGGUUGCACUGCACAGCGAAUGAAAUGUUUUUCCAAGCAAGUUACACAGGCCAUGAGCAAGUACGCCAUAUGGGCACUAUAUGUCCACUAACUUAUGAAUGUUUAUGUAAUCUUAAUAUCCUUCCCUUCGUCACUAUAUUAAAAACUUGAAUCUUGGCAUUUUUCUUUCCUUUGGGAAAGCUUAGUUAAAUUAUAUUCCAAUUUUCACAUGAUAUUAAUUUCUCGAGUCCUUGUGGUAACAACGUCUAUAAGAAAA